AAGGACACCCCUUCCUCGAUUUAACCUCCCUCUUCCCCCCUCAAACACCCCGCCAAAGACCCGCUCAUUGGCAACAAACAAACAACAUAUAAUAAUAUCUUCCCCCCAACAAUGUCGCGGCAUAAGAAUAUCCGAAACCUUGACCCAUACGCAGGUAUGAAUCACGCCAAGACCACUUGCAAACUUCAGAAAAUAAGCUCACUAUGAAGAGAAGAACUCGAUGACUUCGAUGGAGGGGAGUUUAAUGGUGCGACAUUUCGAAAUACUCUCAUCAGCUAUUAUUACCUACUGACAGUUCAUAGAUGUUAGCGAAUCUGAUGAAAGUAAAGGCACCUUCCUGCACAUUGGAGCGAACCAAUUGCUAAAUGAUCAGGACAAUUGGAGGAGGGCCUGGUCCAAGUUCGGGGGGCCCUAGAAGGCACCGGAGUUUCCGUUACAGAUAAAGAGAUCAAGGAAUCCCUAUGGCACUACUACUUCGACGUCGGUAAGACUGUGAACUACGUUUUAAGUACGUUCAGCCCUCUUUCGUGUCCAUUGGACAACACUGAUAACCACCAGGCCAUCAUGCGCCAGCCAAAAAACCAAAAAAGAAGCCCCAGUCACAAUUUACACAGAAAGUUCCAAAAGGUACUUCAGGCGUUUCAUCCUCGUCCUCUUCAUAUAUGGCACAUGAGCACAUUUGUGCAUUGCCCAAAACUAAUCUCCUAGGCUACUUCUCAGGGAUUGGUCAAGGUCAUGGCUUCGAAACAAGGACGGCGACGGAGCUUGGCUUCUUUCGGGAUUGCCCGUGGGGAAACAUACCCGAACACCGGCGAGGAAAGAUAGUUGUUGAGAGUAUUUGUCCCCAGGGAGGGCUCCCGGGCGGAUCAGGCAAAGGGUCCAAACUGGCGGCAUUAGCUAAAGCGAGAAAAGAGAAAGCUGCUGCAGAAAAGAUGCAAGAUGGAGAAGAGAAAGCAUCAGUGUCCUUGUUAGCACGACUGGCAUCAAAGACACCGGCCCAAGCACCUACGUCUAUCUCCAAACCUCUGCUUCCCCCAACAACGCAAGAGGAUAAACAAGAUACAAAGCAAAAGACCAAACAAGUUAUCAUCCCAGAGCCACAGCCGGAAGUAGAGCCAAAAACUGCCGCAGCCUCUAGCCAAGGCCUUGGCCAUCCGGAGGAGCCCCAGAUAUUUUUCCCAAUUCUCAAUGACAAAUCUAUUUAUAUGCCCCAAUUCACAAGCCUUCUUGGUUCCCCGUCCAGUUUUGCGGUAUCGUUUUUCGGGGAGAGGAUUUCAACCAUUAAGAUGAACACUACUAACCAUGGGACAUUCACUAUUUCAGGUGCCCCAACGGCGGCACAAGCCAAAGCUUUUUCUGAGCCUAGCCCCGAUGAUAUAGUUAUAGCGGCCCAGAGUGGUAGUAAAGGUUCACCUUGCAAAUAAACCCUGCCAGUUAAGUACAGAGCUCUAAUGAGCGCAGGGUUGACCAACGCCAAAAAGAAGAUAGAUAAGCCUGUCGAGAAGAUAGAGGCGGCUGUUCAGGCGAUGGCUAUCGACAAUACGCCUAUUAAGGCCAGAAGGGAGAUUGAUGUUUUAGAUGAAUUCAGGAACACUAAGACAAAAGAGAAUGCAAACUUUGUCGUGAUAGGUGCUCUUACCUCCACAUCCUGCCUGCCAAUUAAUGGCUAACCUUUUAGGCCAUGUGGAUGCUGGGAAAAGUACCCUAAUGGGAAGACUCCUCUACGAAUGCGGUGUAGUAGAUGAACGCACAAUUCAGAAAUUCAAGGCGGAAGCAGAAAAGAUUGGAAAAUCCUCCUUCCAUUUUGCCUGGGUGCUAGAUCAGACAAAUGAAGAACGCUCGAGGUAUGGUCCCCUUAGUAUCUUAUUUAGCUGAUAAUAACCGAACCCAGAGGUGUAACAAUGGACAUUGCAACAAAUCACUUUUCUACUGCCUCUACAAACUUUACCAUUCUUGAUGCACCUGGCCACCGUGACUUUGUACCCAACAUGAUCGCAGGUGCCUCUCAAGCCGACUUCGCCGUAUUGGUUCUCGACGCCUCAACGGGUGCUUUUGAGUCUGGCUUUCAAAACAAUGGGCAGACGAGGGAACACACCAUCCUUGCCCGUGCAAUAGGUGUCAGCAGAAUAGUGGUGGCAGUUAACAAGCUUGAUGCGGUCAACUGGAACCAUGAUCGGUAUACUGAGAUAUCGCAGCAGAUGGGCCACUUCUUGUCCAAUGCUGGGUUUAGUUCAAACUCGACUAGCUUCGUUCCUUGCAGUGGACUGACAGGAGCGAAUAUUUUUCAUGGCGCACGCGAUAAGUUGCCCUGGUAUCACGGGCCGACACUCAUCCAGACACUCGAGUCCUCAAAACCACGAUCGCGGGCCAUCAAUUCUCCUCUUCGGAUUACUAUAAACGAUGUUUUUCGCGGAGGAAUACAAAACCCCGUCAGCAUAUCAGGCCGAAUUGAAGCCGGAAGCCUCCAGAUCGGGGAUGCGCUUCUCACACUGCCAUCAAAAGAAUCAGCAACGGUCAAGGGAAUAGAGAUAAACGAGCAGGGUUCAGAAUGGGCAGUAGCAGGACACAACGUUACCCUCCAUCUCUCAGGCAUAAACAUUAUUCACCUAAAACCCGGAGACGUGAUGUGCUCUCCCGAUUCGCCGAUCGUUCCACUCAACUGCUUUAACCUCAAAAUUCUUUCAUUCGAGACCAUAACACCAAUGUUAGUGGGCAUCCAUCGCGGGCGAUUGAAUGCAAGCGGAAGAGUAAUUUCUUUACUGGAGAGCAUGGAUAAAGCCACCGGUAAGACGCUCAAGAAGAAGCCCAGACAUAUCGGCCCGGGCAUGUUUGCAAGGGUAAAGGUGGAGGUUACUUUGAGCGCGGGGAUUCCUGUGGAAAAAGGGAAUAGAGUUGUCCUAAGGCUAGGUGGGAAGACUGUGGCGGCAGGGGUAGUGGAAUAGAUUACUGCUCUAGGCAAUUGAUAUCAAUACGGCUUGGGUGAGUCUUGAAUAUUACCAUUAUCAUUAUUAUUAUUAUCAGCGCCUCGUCAAUCCCAUGAAAUUUUGCAG